AUGAAGCCAACUGCUUACCGCGCGCGCCAUGGCAUCGCACUCUCUGCAACAUUUAUAGUGGUGGCCAUUUUGGUAAUCUCGAUGGUCUUCGGAAUCCUGGCUGACAGAAAGUUUAACGAGAAGUCAGGACAAACACCAAAUAAUCCUACGGUUGCAGCCACUGCUUGGGACGACCCUGUACUGCCUGAGUUAUACAAAACAUGCAAUGGGACGCACCUCGAGACCCUAAAGUCUGCGUUCGAAGAGACGUGGAACGUGACUUCGUUCGCCAGAAGCAGACUGCUGGCGUACGGCACCAACGACCGGAUUUACCAAAGGUGGUUCGGCGAUGGCAGCCUGUACACGGUGCUCGGUACCAUAGAGGCACUUGCCGAGGUGCCCAAGAAAGAUGUGCUUUUCCGCUGUGACGAUGUGGACGGGUUGUGCGCAGCGAAUCCCUCAUACUACGCUGGCCACCACCGCCUCAACGCAACGCAGGAGACCGUGAUAUGUGACUACUUUUACACUGCUAAGAAACCAGUGUCCGAGAUCUGCUCGAACGGGACUCUGGCCGAGGUCGCACCUUCUAAGUACAUGGGCAUCGACAUGGUGCACCGCUACUUCCACGUGCCAACUGUGAACCUCGACGGGUACAUUGGCGAGCACACGGAAGAGGUUGACGAGAUCCUGAGCAUGGCCAGCAAGAACUCUUCGUUUGCAGUCCGGAACGUCGACAGCUACCUGUACUACCUGGCCGAUGUGUACAGCUCGGCUAUUGUGCCAGGCGGGUGCUUGGGCGACUUGUAG